CUCCAUGCAAGUCUGCAGAAUUAAACAUCAUCAUAUCUCCCAUUCUCCAACUCUCAAAUGUCUUCUCCGGCGUCAAUACUCCCUUUUCUCCUCCUCUCCCUUCUCCUUAUCACCUCCACCGCCCUUGCAGUCGCCGAGACACCCACCGUGUACGAGGCUCUGCAAGAUUACGAUUUUCCGGUAGGUCUGCUUCCGACAGGCGUAACAUCAUACACCCUGAACAAAGACACCGGAGAAUUCGAGGUCAAACUUAGAGAUACAUGUGAAUUCUCCGUCUCCGGCUACGAUCUGAAAUACAAAUCAACGAUCAGUGGAGUGAUCAGUAAAGACAAACUGACGAAGUUGAAAGGGGUUAGUGUAAAAGUAAUUAUUAUAUGGGUGGAUAUAGUGGAGGUUACUCGAGAUAGCGAUGACCUGGAUUUCUCCGUCGGAAUAUUGUCAGCUGGAUUCGACGUUGAUCAAUUUGAGGAGUCGCCGGAGUGUGGUUGUGGGUUUGAUUGCGAUAGUUUAGAAAGUAAUUAAUGGUGAGAAGAUGAAUAUGAAAUAUUGAAAUUGCCGACGAAUCUUUUGGAUUUGUUGCUGUAAAGUGUAAACGCUCAAGAAUUAAGGGUGCAUGGAGAGGGUUAAAAAUAAAUGUAAGGUUUUGAGUUUUUGACUAUGUACAUGUGGGGAUUUUUUCAAAAAAACAUAAUAUAAAUAAUAACCAGUUAUGUUU